AUAAAUAUCAGAUCGUCGUGCAAGUAGUCGCUCAGCAGCCAGCAACAGCAUCCGCUCACUCCUCGCCUUGAAACGUAUCAUAGUCCAUCACUCGUUGAUUAACUUCGCUCAGGAUGAAGGUUCAGGCUAUUCUCCCAUUCACUGCUCUGCUAGGCGCAGCCCUUACUGCUCCAGCACCAGUUGCACAGGAGGAGGGAGUCAGCUUCCCGGUUACCGAUGUCAUCGACACUGGUCUUACUAUUGAGGAGUACGCUGAACAGCUCGAGGCCGGCAAUGUGCCUGAGAAGGUUACAUUGACCAAGCGCCAAUAUGGCAGCGACACAUACAACCAGCUGACUGACGGCACCGCUUGCCGUGAUAUUACUGUCAUCUAUGCCCGCGGUACCACUCAGGACGGCAACACUGGAUCUGCUGACAGCGAGGGCCCGACCUUCUUCAACGCUCUUGCUAGCAGUCUGGGUGGAACCAGCCGCCUGGCUAUCCAGGGUGUCACUUACCCAGCUGACAUCCUCGGCUUCCUUGCCGGAGGUGAUGCGAAUGGUGCAACCACCAUGUUCAACUUGAUCAACACAGCCAUCAGCAAGUGCCCAUCGACCAAAAUUGUGGUUUCUGGCUACAGCCAGGGCGCUCAACUUGUUCACACUGCCACACAAAGGCUCACAGCUGCUGCUGCUGCUCGCGUCAGCGCCGUCGUCACUUUCGGUGAUGCCGACCGCGAUGAGUCCUUUGGCAGUGUCGCUGCCUCCAAGGUCCUCAUUAUCUGCCACGAGGGCGACAACAUCUGCGACAACGGCAUUAUCAUCACUCCUCAGCACAGGAACUACGAGAUCGAUGCUCCUACUGCUGCCGCCUUUGUCGCUAGCAAGGUUGCUUAAGUGGUUUCGGCGAGGAAAACAUGACUAGACGCGUACUGUGAGGCUGCGUUGUUGAACCAUCACACUUUGAAAUUCCAGUCUGAGGGCUA